UGAAGAAUUGCAUGACGGGAUACGCUACGUAAUUUUCUCGUGACCAGUGUUGCCUUCCUCUGGAGCGAACGGAGCGACGAAGAGGAAAGAAAGGACACAUCUACGCUGUUUCAUUUGAAGUGCAUAAAACAGUUAAGAUGUCAUCAAGAAAGAAGGUUCUUCUAAAGGUUAUAAUUCUUGGAGAUAGUGGUGUUGGAAAAACAUCAUUGAUGAACCAAUAUGUAAACAAAAAGUUUAGUAAUCAGUAUAAAGCAACUAUUGGUGCUGACUUCUUGACAAAAGAAGUAAAUGUGGAUGAUCGUCUUGUUACAAUGCAGAUCUGGGAUACUGCAGGCCAAGAAAGGUUUCAAAGCUUGGGAGUUGCAUUCUACCGGGGAGCAGAUUGUUGUGUUCUGGUUUUUGAUGUCACUGCACCAAAUACUUUCAAAACAUUAGACAGUUGGCGAGAUGAAUUCCUGAUUCAAGCUAGCCCUCGUGACCCUGAAAAUUUUCCAUUUGUUGUUCUUGGUAAUAAGGUUGAUCUGGAAAAUAGAGCGGUAGCUGCAAAAAGGGCACAACAAUGGUGCCACAGCAAGAAUGAUAUUCCAUACUUUGAAACCAGUGCAAAGGAAGGAAUAAAUGUUGAACAAGCAUUUCAAACAAUUGCAAGAAAGGCACUAGCACAGGAAACUGAGGUUGAGUUAUAUAAUGACUUUCCAGAUCAAAUCAAGCUAUCAAAUGACAGCAAACCCAGACCAGGAGGGGACUGUGCCUGCUGAAUUAAAAAUGCUCUGUCAGCACCCUUUUUUCCUUUGUUGUAAAGUGCAUCUAUGGAGUAGCAUCCAAUUUUCUAUGGUUAAAUGAUAUUGCAUCCAAAUGGUAUUCACAAUAAUUAUUUCUGUUUGUAUGGUUAAUUUGUACUGUAAAACUCUCAUCGAACCAUUUUAUUUAGGGUAUAAAUUUCAUUUCAAAUAUAUACACUUUGUGCAGUUUUGAUUUGUUAUCACUUUGAGUCAGACUAAACAUUUGAAGUAAUAUGAUAUUUGUAUCAAUUAUCCUCCUCUUGUCAUCUUAGGUCCUUGGAAUCCAUUCGUCUGAAUUAUAUUUGCAAUUAUAGUUUGUGUAAACUGGGCACUAGCAUCAUUAUCAACAAAAUAUGUUCAAAAUUUUUACAGCAAUGCAGCUGUUUGAAAGUUUCUGACUCAAUAAAAUCUGUUCAAAUGAUGUCUAUAUUAGUGGCAAACACCUGCGGGCAAAGGGGGUACACCCCCCAAUAUUUGUAAAGAGAAUGGUCUUUAUCAAAACAAUAGGCUUGCCCCCCUCCCAUUAUUUGACAAGUGUCUGCCGCUGAUCAAUGAUAUUUUAUAUGUAGCUGACUUUAAGUGUCUCGUGACUUUUUGCGUUUAUAAGGGGCAUGUAAAUUCAAAUUGUAUUAAGAUUUUUGCAUUUAAGUGAGAUACCAAUUGCUUCACUACUGUACUGAUAUACAAUUGGACUGCAACAUCAUUAUUUGUACUUUUUACUUCAGAAUUUACUGCUUGAAGUUAUAAUGAUAAGGAAAAUGUAAAA